AUGGUUAAAAAUGAAAAUAUUGAAAUAAUACAUCCACCAAACCUCCAAGAAAGUUGUACAUUAACAAUCAUAUUUGCAUCGAAGAUCAUCAUUAGCUCUGUAGAGAUACACUCGAAUAGUAGAUUGAUUGAAAUGUAUUAUGGUGAAAUGGACGAUUACUUGGCAACAAUGAAAUCUAUAAAAUCAGAUGACGAAAGAAAUCUUUUAGUAUCAUCACAGAGAUUUAAAAAUAACAAUUCAAUUUCACAAUUGAAAAUAAAGUUUUGUUCAUUGUUACAAAAAGAUUGUUGUGUUUUAAAUAAAAUUUCAAUUCAUUGCACCAAGGUCUCAAAGGAACAACAUGAUCAAGAUCAAGAACAAUUAGCUCAAAAAAAUACUAAUAGAAUUUACAAUAAACAGCAAUCUUUAGACUCCAUGAUGGCCAUUAUGUCACUUUUAUCCAAAAACAAUUCACUAACAUCUCAGCCAUCAACAAUACCUCAAUUUCCUAUUGGACAACCUCUACAAAUACCUUUGAUGAAGCCAUCACCAACACCAAAAACAAAUGAAUCAGAACAAAUUAACAAUACAACAGAGAUUAAAUUACAAACAAAUUUAAAAAAUGAUGAACAACCAAAACCGAUUACAAAGGAUGAUUUAAUAUCAAUAAUGAGUCAAAUGGAAUCAAGGAUUAUUAGAUAA